AUGAUAGGAACAAGACGAUUUAUUUCUUCAUCUGCUAUUCAAUUAGAUUCUUCAAGUAUUAAUAUCUCGAGUCUAUUCAACUUCACGAACUUAUUCAAAAGAAAGAAUGACGCUAUUUCAACUACCAAUACUCACCAAGCAUAUCAAAACAAAGGUUUGGCUACAACAGCUACACCAGACGCAAAAGAAGCAACCGCUGCACUCACAUCCGUCACUGAUGAUUCCACAGCACUCUCUGAUCCCAGCAUCGAAACAAACACAACAAGCACAAACACAUCAGUAUCAGCAUAUCGUAGAUCCACUCAUCCCACCUCAGUCCCACUACACAAAAUCUUCAAAAACAACUUCCCCCUCUCCUUCAAGGAAUCAAUCUCACACUAUACUCGUCGUCAUGAACGUCUAAAAUUCCAACAUGAUUUAUUAUCAUUAUUACCCUUCUAUCCCGAAGCCGAUGCUAAAGGUCGUAUUGCCAAAGUCCUACAAACAAAAGUCGACUCCUCAGGGAAUUACAUAAAUGAAUUUGUGAUAUAUCCCAAUGCUUCUAUUGAAGCGUGUGAACAAGACCCAAAUAUGAAUCAUUUGAUAAUGAUACAUGGAUACGGAGGAGGACUUGGGUUUUUCCUCAAGAAUUUCGAACAAAUUGCCACGGAGAAGAAUUGGACCAUUCAUGCAAUCGACCUACUUGGAUAUGGAUGUAGUUCAAGACCCAAAUUCAAUAGCAAAAACUUGGAUCAAGUAGAAGAUUGGUUUCAUGAUUCUUUUCAAGCUUGGCUACGUGCCAGAAAACUCGAUCUCAAAAAAGAUAAAAUCUUAAUCAUGGCCCAUUCUAUGGGUGCAUAUCUUAUGGCCACCUAUGGAAUCAAACGAGAUCCAUAUUUUUGUCAGAAAUUAUUAAUGGUCUCCCCCGGGGCCAUUAUCAAACAUCGAAAAUCAGUAUAUGUCCCUACAUAUUUCGCUAAAUUAUGGGAACAAAAUAUAUCUCCAUUCGCAUUAGUCAGGAAUACGGGUCCAUUGGGGUCAAAAAUCACAAGUGGAUGGUCUUCGAGACGGUUUGCGAAAUUGACUAGAAGAGAAGGGGAAUUGUUGCAUAAAUAUGCCUAUGGGAUUUUUCAAGCACCUGGAUCGGGGGAAUAUAUGUUGAAUUAUUUAUUGGCUCCCGGGGCGGAUGCGAGACAUCCAUUGAUUGAGAGAGGGGUACAUAAGUUGAAAUGUAAGUUGUCGUGGUGGUAUGGGAAGGAAGAUUGGAUGGAUAAGAAGGGUGGAGAGUUGUGUAGUAAUAUAAUUAAUAAUAUAAAUGGGGAGGUGAGAAGUGAUGUGAAGGAGAUUAAUGAUAGUGGACAUCAUAUAUAUCUUGAUAAUAUUGGGAAAUUUAAUCUGAUGUUGAUUGAAGAGAUGAGGGAAAUGGGGAAGGAAAAUAUAGGAAAAGAAGAUUAA